UUGUGCUGCGUCUGAAAAUUUGUGCGUGCAUUUAAUUUUGAGAGCUUCGAAAAAAAGCUCGAGACUCUUGAGUGCCGACGUCGAGCUGCCAACUGCCGCUGCCUACACACGUUACAUCGAUCAACAUCGAACUAUCAAUGGGACCAAUUGCACGCCGCCGGCGAUCGAGGACUUUCCGCACGAUCUCUUCGACGAGCAGCAGAGGCAGGCAGGCGCCGUCGUCGUCCAUGUUCUCGUUUCACUCUACUUAUUCGUCGCCUUAGCCGUAGUAUGCGACAAAUUUUUCGUACCUGCCGUAGAAAAAAUAUGCCAUGCGCUGUCAAUGUCAAAAGACGUGGCGGGCGCGACAUUCAUGGCCGCGGCGACGUCGGCGCCCGAGCUCUUCGUCAACGCAAUCGGUACUUUCAUCACGGAGGGCGACAUCGGCGUCGGCACGAUCGUCGGCUCGGCCGUCUUCAAUAUCCUCGCGGUGCCGGCCUGCUGCGGCAUCGGCGCCGGUAUGCAGGUCGUGCCGCUCGACUGGUGGCCCGUGAGUCGGGACUGUCUCGCCUACGGCGUGACGGUGGCCAUCCUCAUCUGCAUCAUCCACGACGAGAGGGUCGAGUGGUACGAGGCGCUCUGCCUGGUCCUGCUCUACAUCGUCUACAUAGCCAUCAUGUACUACGACAAGUCGUUUCAGCGCUGCGCGAGGUUUCGCCGGAAGAGUUCCGUCGCCGCGACGACCGCAGUCCAGCAGCAGCAGAGCGGAGGUGCUGGUGGUGGCGGGAGCAGUGGAGCGGAGAACGAAACGAGCAAUCCUCCUGCGCGACCAGGUGAUGCGGCGGGCGAAAUUCACUUAUCGGGAUCUGAUAAAUUGCAAUCGUCCGCCGUGGAGCGCGCGGAGCAAAUUGCGACGAUCGACGUGCCUCUCCAGAACGGGGUGACAAAAACUCAAGAGGACAAGGAGUCUGAGUACGAGUACCAGCUGACGGUCUGGCCCUCGAAGGCCGGCUGGAUACGGAAGACCACGUGGAUCAUCACUUGGCCCAUUCAUCUUAUCUUCAUGUGCACGAUACCGGACUGCGACAAGCCGAAAUUUAAAAAAUGGUUCCCAGUCACAUUUCUCAUGUGCAUCAUAUGGAUCGGCUCGCUCAGCUACAUCGUCGCUUGGAUGAUAACGAUCAUAGGUGACACGCUGAAAAUCCCCGACUCCGUCAUGGGCAUUACAUUUCUGGCAGCCGGAACGAGUGUCCCGGAGGCCGUAUCGAGCGUCAUCGUCGCCAAGCAAGGCCACGGCUCGAUGGGCAUCAGCAACUCCAUCGGCUCGAACACGUUCGACAUACUGCUUUGUCUCGGGCUGCCCUGGCUCAUCAAGUCGUCGUUCGCGCCCACCCUCAAGGGCCAGCACUACAUCAGCAUCAACUCGGGCGGCCUGGAGUACAGCGCGAUAUCGCUGCUGUCGACGCUGCUGCUGCUCUACGUGGCCUUCGCCACGAAUCGCUUCCAGCUGGAUCGCAAAGUGGGCCGCGCCUGCCUCUGCAUGUACGCCGUCUUCCUGAUACUCGCCACCCUCAUCGAGCUCAACGUCUUCUUCAGGGUGAAUCUGCCGACUUGUCCGAGAUCGAGGGCCGGAUAAUGGACACGGAGAGACGACGACGAAUUAUUUUUAUUUUAUAAAUAAUACAUCAUGUAUUUGUGCAAAUGCGGAUCGAGUGACUCUCUCUUUCUCUCGAGGGAGGGAGAGAGGCUUAUAUAAUAUUAAUAAACGCGGAAGGGGGCACGUUUUGUUUUUCACGAUAUCGAAGAAAAAGACAGAGAGAGAUGUGUAAUACUGCCGCGGAGACGUGCGCGGGACGAAGAUGACGUUCUUUUUCUCUCUAUCUUUCGCUCUGUCUCUCUCUCUUUUUUUUGCUUUCUCGAACGAUCCCUUCGCGGUGGAUCGACAGAUUUAAGUUACUUUUAUUUUAUGUACUACGAGAGGAUUAUGCUGUCGCGAGACGAGAUUUUUACCUACCAUGACACCAAGUAUUCGAUUUAUGAUUUUAAUGAAAAACUUUAUGAGAAAUAUGAUAGAUUUUGUUCUCUUAUGAAACGAAAUUAACAAAGGAAAGACAGAAUCCGUCGAAACCAAAGAAAAAUUCAGUUACCAAAUCCUUCAGAUUGUAUAAUAAAAUUAUAUUGUAAGUUAUUUAUUUAAAUUUUUAUAAGUGCUCCAUUUCGCUUUUUUUCUCAUUGUUUUAAUUGAAUUUCUCAACUUAUUAAAAAAAAAAGCUAAAAUUUUUCUUCGUAAAGCAAUUGAGAAUGUAGCGAUGAUGCACAAAGUGUAUUAUGGUGAUAAUUAUCUGAAUUUACAUUGAAUCUCAUUAUGACGUUUUAUGUGGCUUUACUUCUUUUUCUUUUUUACAUCAAUUCAAACCGUAAUUAUUAGUAAGAAUAAGGAUUAUUCGUUCACAGAUUAUAAUAUGUAUCAAUAUUUAUGGUAACGUUUAAGUUUCCUUUAGUUUAUAUUCUUGACUCAUUUUGGCCUCACAUUUAGUUGUAUAUCGAUAAGAUUCGCUCCAUUUACUAAUAUAUUUAUAUUAUAGUGAUAUAUAUUUGAUUUUAACCAUUGUAGCCACGAAAACGUGACAAUGUUAGCUCUAAAAAUAAGGAGGAUAAAAAAAAAUCAUUUUAAAAUAGAAUGUUUCACUUGGCGCGUAGGAAAAAUUUAUCGUCAUUCAUUGUUACAAUUUAUAUUCGAUACGAGACGUAUAAAAAUCUCACGAUGGACGUGUACACGAUGGUUAAGCGACGUUG